GAACAUGCUGGUCAAAAAUUGUACGAAUUGUAUUGGUCCAUAAAGCAACAAGUUGAGAAAGGACCGCAAGAUGCGGUGACUCUCGAAGCGAGGUACUCCUUAAGUGAGGAGAAAUUAUUACGGUCCUCAUUCGAUUUCCACGAACUGAUUGUCUUCAUAACGGCUGAUAAUUAUGCAGCGGGUAUUUGUGAAUAUCCGGUGAGGGUACUCGACUGUGAUACUAUCACUCAGGUGAAAGAGAAGUGUCUGGAUGCGAAGUAUCGCACGACGCCGUUCUCGGAUCGUCCAUCGGCAAAUGAUUUGGAUUUGGAGUUGCGAUCGACGUGUCCUCGUAUAAUAUUGCAGGAUAUCGAUAGCACUUCGAAGAUGGAAGCGGGCGGUUGGAAGAAACUGAACACUCUUGCACAUUACAAGGUUGCUUUUUUG